AUGAUGAGUUGUCGCGCUAGUCUGAAACAGUUUAGAAGUUUGCGCUUUCACUUCUCUGUACUGUUGCAGCAAUCGCUGGACGUUUGUGGUCAGUCUCUGUCUAACAGUGCGAGAAGACGGCAGCCAUGAUCCAUCCCCGCACGCUCAGAAUAGAUUAUGGCAAAACUACGAGAGUAUUAUACGUAGUUGGCUCGAAGCUAAAUGUCAACCUGAACAGGAGUGCCCCUCCCACCUCCAAGUUCUUCUCCGUGAAAGGCACUGCCAAUGUUCAGUACAGCAUCAGCCCCACUCCUCGGGACACAUCCCACCUCUCUCCCAUCCCUCUCACUGAAAACUCAGUCCUGCUCAUCAGCAGGGACCAUGCCAGUCAACAUGAAAAUGAUAGCAAGCUGUCGGUCCAGUACUAUGGGGCGAAUAAAGAGGUCUUAGGGAGAGCAGUUGUGCAUCUGACAGCUGUUGAGCUCUCACUGGAUGUCGAUGCUGAUAGAGAUGGCAUCGUGGAGAAAAACAACCCUAAUAAGGGUUCUUGGAAAUGGGGUCCUGAUGGGCAUGGAGCCAUCCUUUUGGUCAACUGUGACUCAGAAAAGACCUACAAGAAGACACCAGACAGCGAGGAGAAAAACAUUUAUAAAGUGUCUGAUCUAAAAGACAUGUCUGUCAUGGUGCUGCGGACCAAAGGCCCAGGGAAACUCCCAGAGGGCUACAAACUAACCAUGCACAUCUCUCAGGGAGAUGCAGAGAGUCUUCGAGUCUUCAGAAACCGAUCCACUGAAGUGCCAAAUAGUGGCCUAUCGCAGAAACUUUACAAUCUCUUUGUGAAAGACUAUCCACUGGUGCUGAGCAGUGAUGUGCUGUCCAAGGAAGUGCCUUACCUUGGAGGUGUGGCAGAGAUGAACUUUUAUGUGGAGGGCCUGAGGUUUCCUGACAAAGACUUCAAUGGACUCGUCACCAUCAACCUCAGUCUAUUAGAACCAAUCUCUGAUGGUCUCCCUGAGACGCCGAUUUUUACAGACAAAGUUGUGUUUAAAGUGGCACCAUGGAUCAUGACACCCAACACGCUUCGACCUGUAGAGGUGUUUGUCUGCAGUACAUCUGAUAACUACCAGUUCCUGAAAGGAAUGAGGAACCUUGUUGCGAAGAGCGGGUACAAGCUGAACAUUUGUCAUGAAUAUGUCAACAGAGGAGACCGCUGGAUGCAGGAUGAAGUGGAAUUUGGUUACAUCGAUUCACCUCAUCAUCGUUUUCCUGUUGUUCUGGAUUCCCCGAGAGAUGGCGACCUAGCAAACUUUCCAUAUGAUGAGCUGCUUGGUCCCGACUUUGGCUAUGUGACAAGGGUGGCCCUAGAUGAGCAUGUGAGCAGUUUAGAUUCGUUUGGCAAUCUGGAGGUCAGUCCUCCUGUCACAGUAAAUGGAAAAAAAUACCCCCUGGGAAGAAUCAUCAUUGGGGUUGCCUUUCCUACGGCAACUAAAGGACGAAAUAUGACCAAAGUGGUUCAAGACUUCUUGUGGGCUCAGAAGGUUCAGGAGCCCAUCGCCUUGUUCUCUGACUGGCUCCUUGUUGGCCACGUGGAUGAAUUCAUGACUUUCGUUCCUGCACCUGACAGAAAGGGCUUCCGACUGCUGUUGGCCAGCCCAGACGCAGGCUACAAACUAUUCAGAGGCCUACAGAACAGUGGACACGGACAAGCCACAUUGUUUGAUGGGUUGACAAAUGCAGAACAAAUAACACUGGAUGAAAUCCUUGAGGAUGAAAAACUCCAAGCUGAAAAUAACUAUGUACAGAGCUGCAUCGACUGGAACCGAGAUGUGUUGAAGAGGGAACUAGGCCUAGACGAUGAAGACAUCAUUGAUCUGCCAAUCCUCUUCAAACUAGUGGAGGAUGAAAAUGAGUAUAGAGCAGUAGCUUACUAUCCUGACAUGGUGAACAUGAUUGUUUUGGGGAAAAACCUUGGUAUCCCAAAGCCCUUUGGCCCCAAAGUGAAUGGACGAUGUGCACUCGAGGCUGCGAUGUGCUCUCUAAUGGAAGGCCUGGGCCUCAAGUGCACGUUCAUUGAUGACUAUUCAUCCUACCACCAGCUGUUGGGAGAGGUCCACUGUGGGUCCAAUGUCCGCAGGGAACCCUUUGAGUUCAAGUGGUGGAACCUGGAGAUGUAAAUAAUAUAGAUCUGACAUAGAACGAUUUCAGCCCUGGUUGAUUUGGUGACACCCAUCAUGAAAAUUAUUGUAUUGCCAUAGCAAACACUUCAUUGUCAUCAUUUUGUAAUGAAUACUAAAGAUCAGCAAAUGUUGCUUUACAAAAUAAGAAAGUAGAAAGGAUCGUCGGUGAUAAAUGCAACUGUUUUCUAAUGUCAUGCAGAGAAUGAUGAAAAGAGCUACGGUACAUUGUUGAGCUUAAGAAAUAUUGCCACAAUGUUCUUACUCUGCUGAUUAAAAAAAGAAAGGAAAAAAAAAAAAAGCUGAAAAUAAACAGUGUAACCCCCCCCCCCCCCUUAACCCCAUUAUACCACUUAAAGAUUUUGUAGGUAAGGGAGCAGCAGCUGUGGAAACAGACUACAUUGCAUUAAGAAUAUCUUAAUGUAGCUCUGACACAGUGUAAACAGGGUAAGUAAGGCAUGCAUGCUAUGUUUCAUGUGCCUCUAAAUGGAAUCAGUUAGCAGUGAUGCAAUGGUGGACUAACUAAAUGAUGAUACUAACAAAUCUAUACAUAUACAAAGAUGUACUUACAGAAUGUUAAAACACAUGUAUUUGGUAUCCAGUCUGGGAAUGGAUUUCAUAAAAAUCUUGGGGAUUUAACUUUAAAAGUAGCAGAUGGUGGUGGUUGGGUUGGUGUAUUAGAUAGCUUGGAAGCCUUACAGAGCGUCAUCUCUGCCUUCAUGAAUGAUGAAUGCUUUUAAGUUUCUUAUCAAUCAUUUUACAUUGAAUGUGCUUCAUUGUCACACAGAAAUACUUAAAUGGUAAACAUGAUUUGUUUGUUUAUUGCAGAAAUACUCUGGAACUUUAUUCACUGUAUGCAUUUUCAUCUUUAUUAAACUUUUUAGUUAGCUUAUUUUACAAAAAAAAGCUAUAUGUACAAACGUUUCUUUUAAACAAACUGACAAGAAUCAAUACAAUCAUUUGAAUCAAGCACAGAGAAGACUGGUUUCCAGUGUUGUUAGCAUACAGUGCAAGCACAGAUAGAUGAUGGUACCACAUAGUGAUGUGCUAUAAUAACUCAGAGCCACAAGAGGGCAGGCUUUAUCUACUCAAGGAUUCAGGAGGAAAAAUGAUUUGAAUAAGUCUUCCUUAAAUGAUUCUGAAAGGCUGUAACUGACAUGUGUUACUGUUACCAAAACAUUUGUCUAUAUUUUUCUGUGCCUUUGUUGUAUUGAGAGUGAUUUAGCUAUAAACAACUUGAUGAGUACAUUAAACAGUACAUUUGG